AGGGGAAUAUAUGGUCGAUGCAAAAACUUCAUAUGUCUCCGACAUGGCCAGAGACUAAGACAUGGAGAGUAGGGGCAGCCAAGCCGGCCAGCCACCUCUUUCUUUUUCAUUACCUUGGACUCCAGGAUGAUGGACUUUGCCUGGUGACAUCGUGCAGCCUUUUCCUGGAGAAACCCCCACCUUUAUCAAUAGAGGUUCCAGAAGGUGAUUAAGCGGUUGUCUGAGCGUAAGGCCAGGUUUUAGGGCACUGGGGAGUGAGGGGAAAGGCCAGGAAGCCCCAGCAGCAGCAGCAGCUCCCCCCUUCAGGAGCAUGAGAUACAAAGGUACCCAAAUAGGGCUCACCUGGUUUUAAAACCCUUGUGUGGGAAGAAGACAAUCUGGAAAGAAGGCCAUUGGAGACUUUUGGGGUACAUUUAGGCAAGGUUAAGGUCCCUCCACCACCAUCCCAACCUGACCCAAUCCACAGCUGCUAGACCAAGGACAGCGAGGGCCUCCUGCUCUAUCAGCAAGACUCAACAUCAACCAGAAACACCCCAACCUGGACAUUGGCAGAAAAACCAUAGUGGUUACUCAUUGCCUAACUCAAUUCUGGUCCGCCAGAUUCUGGUAACUUUUGGGUGACCCUGAUGAAGACAAAGCCACGACAGGUCUUUGUAUGUCAGAGUCCAGGACUCCCGCCAGCUGGCCGGGCAGGCUGCCUGCCUGGAACACUCUCUACCCAAUUCAGAGGCCACAUUGCCCACACUCAUUCUUCCUUAUUUUGCACCCCAAUAGGAGAAUUCACUCUUCCUUGAACUGUGCCCACUUUGGGGGCUGCCUCAGGCGGUGGUAGUGAGGAGGGCAUGGGAGGUUAGCAAAGUCAGUGGAAGACAAAAGCUGAGAUUACCUCCUGAGGAGAGGGGUGCUGGGGAUAGAAUUGGAACUCUAUUAACAUCUGUCAGGGACUCUCAGAUGUGGCAUGGCAAGUCACUUGAUUACACGUAUGUUAUUUAGUUAAAUUUGUGAAAAUUAUGAGAUGCUCACAAACCCGGUGAUAAACUCGCUCCCUUCCUAUUGGCUGGCCUGGUCACAUGGCCGCCCAACUUUAUUCAGUUGACAGCAAGUAGGAGGGCCCAAUGGAAGGAGAAAAAAAGACAACACGAGAAAAAUUAGUAUUUUCUACCUUCUGAAAUUAAUGGCCAUGAGUUCGUAUAUGGUGAACUCUAAGUACGUGGACCCCAAGUUUCCUCCGUGCGAGGAAUAUUUGCAGGGUGGCUACCUAGGCGAGCAGGGAGCCGACUACUACGGCAGCGGCGCACAGGGCGCCGACUUCCAGCCCUCGGGGCUCUACCCACGGCCCGACUUCGGUGAGCAACCCUUCGGAGGCGGCGGCCCGGGGCCUGGCUCAGCGCUGCCGGCCGCGCGGGGUCACGGACAGGAGCCAGGCGGCCCAGGAAGUCACUACGGUGCCCCGGGAGAGCCGUGCCCAGCGCCCCCGCCUGCGCCCCUGCCUGGCGCCCGGGCCUGCAGCCAGCCCACUGGCCCCAAGCAGCCACCCCCCGGGACAGCACUUAAGCAGCCCGCUGUGGUCUACCCCUGGAUGAAGAAGGUGCAUGUGAAUUCGGUGAACCCCAACUACACCGGCGGGGAGCCCAAGCGUUCCCGGACGGCCUACACCAGACAGCAAGUCCUAGAACUGGAAAAGGAAUUUCAUUUUAACAGGUAUCUGACCAGACGCCGUCGGAUUGAAAUCGCUCACACCCUGUGUCUGUCUGAGCGCCAGAUCAAGAUCUGGUUCCAGAACCGGAGGAUGAAGUGGAAAAAAGACCACAAACUGCCCAACACCAAGGGCAGGUCUUCUUCUUCUUCCUCAUCUUCCUGCUCCUCUUCAGCUGCCCCCGGCCAGCAUUUGCAGCCCAUGGCCAAGGACAACCACACGGACCUGACGACCUUAUAGAAGUGGGGACCCUGGGCCCAUCCCUCCCUGCACUCCAAGUUGAGGCGAAGCUGCGGGUGCAGGAGGGGCCUGCUGUCACCUCGCUGGGCUCUAAGGUACUGUGGGGGUGGACCUGGGACAUACAGGCUACCCUGCCCUCGGACUAGGUUACCAUCCUGCCCGAGGGCAGCCCCCUCCCUAAAGGGAUGGGGUGGGAGGGUGGGCGGGCUUCUUUAAGUAUAUUAUCAUAUGGCAGGAGCUACUGAGAACAUAAAACCUUGGCGAGUCAUUAAACUCAUGAAAUCUCUGCUGUUGGAUUUUGAAUUUGCAAAUGAAGGUUGGAGGCUUUAUCCCAGUGUGAACCUGGACAUUCUCCUCCACACCACCCCUCCAGGGAGCUGUGUGGUUUAGUAACUGUGGGGGGAGUUGAGGCAGAAGGCCAGCACCCAGUGUUUGGUGCUUUCACAGCAGGAGAGCUGAGCGAGAAUCUCAGAACUUUCUGAGGUAUCUAUAGAAUUUCUGCUGUGAUAAUAAGAAAUGUUUUGCUCCCAGUGGCCCAUGCCCAAAGAAAUAAAUCCAAGGAGGAAGUGGAAACGGGUUACUUUAUGUUUUGAUUAUAUUUGCUUAAAUAUUUAUUUGUUUGGGGGGAAUGGACUCCAGAAAAUACCUGACACCUGUGUGCCAAAAAACCUUAGGCUAGUGAAAGCGACUGAGCUUCAGGGGACUGAGUUAGAAAUCUGUGGACUCACUUCUGGCCCUAUUCCGGAUUUUGAGCUCCUCCCUCCCUCCCACCCACCCUGGAAAUAUGUGUAGGAGGCCCUUAACUCUUCCAGAGGGAAGCCAAGGAUCCAGGAGAACUGCGUUUUGAAAAUAUGUUUCCACAUGUGCUUUGCCUCAGCCCUGUGUUUACAAGCAGUUCCGGGUGGUUGAAAGAAAGAGAAGGGGAAAAAAGAAACAAAUGGUUCAAUAUUUUCCUCUGGGGAAAGAAAACAAAACCUAUAUGCCCUGGGUCAUCAGAUAAUGUCUGAAUUUUCUAUUCCAACUGGAUUCCAAAUGCUCCAAGUACUCCCACAUAGCAGGAUUAUAUAGGACUCAAUGUAUGGCCUAUUCCGGGGUGGUGCUGGGCAGCAGAGAGAAAGUGGGUAGGUAAGGAAGCCUUAUUUUUUAAAGAAACUAAUAGACCCUGGAAGUCCACAAAAGUUUAUCUUAAAGAGAUUUCCCUUGAAGUUUUUUUUUUUUCCUGAAGUGUUUCUCAAGACAUCAAUUAGAAGCAGAAAUGAUAAAAGUCCCGAAGUUUUCAGGCCUACUUCUUUACCUUGAAGACAGUGACUUUGAAACAAUCUCAAACAACAGGAAAAAUGGUUUAGUUCUUUAUUCAUUCUUAUUCCAUGUCUGGGAAGAGUUCAAAUCUCUUUUUUCUUAAAAUGCUAACCCUUAAGGAUCAGGAAGAGAAGAGUAAAAGGUAGAUAAGAGUUUAGACACUCAACUGAAACAAGCCUUUGAAAGCUUGAACCCCCUGAUUGCAGUAAUUCCCCCCCCCAGUAAGAAAUGAGGGAGAGGUAAACUUAAAUUUUAACCAUAAAAUCAAUAAUGCUGUUACUUUUUUCAGUAUUUCAGAACACUUUAGAAGGUUUCAGUGAUUACUUUUAAAAUAGACUUAAGUGGAGGAGGGAAAGGCCUAGCCUUUGGUUCUGUGUCUCCUGAGAACUGAGGGCAAGGAUUCAUUCAACUGGAGUCCCUAAACUGAAAUCCUGCUUCUCUGAAGCAUCUUCCAAGCCUUGGUCUUUUGUAUUAGACCCUGGGGAAGGCUCUUUGUUCCUCCUUGGGGUGAGCCUGGUUCUCAGACUUGCACAUGGCAGUACUUGAAUAUCACCACGUCGGGAUAUUAAAGAUGGAUAUUCCUGCAUUAUUUACAUCAUUGUUUCCAUGACAAAAAGCACAGAGUUCAUACAUAGUCAAGACGUCUUUUUUCUGACGCCCUCACGUCGAGAAGCUGAAAAGGUAUUUUACUGAAGUUCGGCUAAAUUACAGAAUCAGGUUCAUCCAGAGGGCAAAUUUUCUGUUCGAUUAGCUGUAUUUCAGCCGGGAGGACUGACCUCUAAACCCUUAACCUUUUGGACUGUAACUACCCUUCUCUUCUUUUUCCCCCCCUCCCUCUAACAUGGAGACAGUCUUUGGAUAUUGCAUUUGAAAAGAGCCGCUAUCCCUGGGCCAGUUGGAAAGUUGCUAAGAUUCUUUCCUAAAAGCCAAAUCUAAGCAUAUAUUGAAUCACAUCCUUGGGGUGGGGGAGUAUAUAUUUUCACAGUAUUCAACGAUAUACUUACUAUGGAGAUUAUUAUGUCGAUUUUCCCCUCUCCUCAGAAGUUCUGGGUACUCAUCCAGCUUCAGACCAAAUACUGCCCCCCCUUCCUCCUGCCCCAAAGGAAAGCCAAGACCAUGCUUUCCAGAAGAAAACCCCAGCUCCUUCUCAAACGUAGCCCCACUACUUUGGAAAGUAACUUAAUUCGAGAAACAACUUCUUUGUUUUUAAGUCUCAGUUCUUCCCUUCAGCUGGGAGGGAUUGUCUUUUGAAAUGCUAAUGGCGUUUUGCAGGGCCUAGAGAACCGUUGACAGUCCUAAGGUCCCUUU